AUGGCGCCUGUGGCCUCUACCAUCGCAUCCCAUCUGGAGGGCGUCUCGGACAGUGCGCGGGCAAGAGAAGUUUACAAAUACUUCCAACCGACUCCUGCAAAUCCAGAAAGCCUUGUUGAAGUAGUUGUGCCUGGUUCUCCUUCCAGCGACAGUGCUGCAGAGGGACGCGAAAUCAAGGUCAAGUCCAAUGUCACCUCAUCUAAGAUCUCAUCUCCAGAUACUGCCCUGACGGCUUUCUGUCAACUCACAACAUGGAGAAUCGGUUCGCAAAGAGCAAUGAUAAGUGUCAUUGACGCGGAGACACAGUACUUCAUCGCAGAAGGCACCAAGACUGUUGAUCUUGUGGACAAUCGGCAGCAUGCACCUGGAGAUGAUAUCUGGAUAGGAUGUGCCAGUGUCAGCAAGGCUGGACGCCUUUGCGAGAGAACAAUUUCAGUUCCACCACAAACAGAUGGACAGUAUCCCUCUUUCAUUGUUGAUGACCUGAGCAAAGACGACAGAUUCAACACGCUGCCCUUUGUCACUGGAGCACCAUUCUUAAAAUUCUACGCAGGUGUCCCUCUGAUCACUAAGCGUGGAAUUCCCAUAGGUAGCUUAUUUGUCGUCGAUGAUCGAGUUGGCAAUGGGCUCAGUCAAGACAAGAUCCACUUUAUGGGAACCAUGGCCGUCACCAUUAUGCGGCAUAUGGAGAUGGUUCGGGAAGUAGAAGAACAUCGUCGCGGAAUGAAGAUGAGUCGUGGGCUGGCCUCUUUCGUAGAGGGACGUUCAGAACUGGUCGAAGCAGAUCUAGAAGCAGAGGAUGGAGAAGGAACAAAGAUUGUUGGACAGUUCGAAACCGAUCACAGCAUUACCAGGACAAGAUCAAAAGGCUCAGUCAGGAGUUCAAUAUCUCAUGCGGCUGUUGACAGGGAGAAGGAGUAUUCUGCUGCUCUAUUCAAGACAGAGGAGGGCAUUCUUGCUGCGCAUCAGGCAGCCGACACACAGUCCCGGCCGGAUCUCGAUAGUAUGCCCCAGUCUCAUCAAUCGUCAUUUGGCGGAACCAGUGUCACGAUAUCGUCACCCAACGAGCCCCAAAACAACUCAGGCUCACCCCUGAAUGACGACCAAUCCGAAACAACUGCUAUGAAAGUGCUGUUUUCACGCGCUGCCAACCUUAUCCGAGAAGCAUUCGAAGUGGAUGGAGGUGUGAUAUUCUAUGAUGCUCAGUGUGGUUUUAGUAGCGAUAUGUCACACGGCCACGGUCCAAAUGACGAUGCUAGCAGCUUUACGGAGAGCGUCACCGAGAGUCCAGCAGAGGCUAUGACAGGCCACACGAGUGGGGAUGACCACCAUUCUGCCGAGGAGGAAGGAGUAACUACGAUCCCUUCACCUCCCACAUUAGCUCCUUCUGGAGAUAAUUCUCCUAGUUUUGGUGAUGGUACCUAUUCUCGCACAACAAGCAAUGCUGCCAAGUCGUGCGAGAUCCUGGGAUUCUCGACUCCAGAUGCAGCAUCAAUCCAUGGGGAUCCAGCUCCAGGAUUACAGUCAUUCAAGCCAUUGGACGAGAAGACUUUGAUGGCGCUGCUCCGACGAUAUCCCCGAGGAAAGCUAUGGAAUUUCGACUCUGAUGGUGCCAUGUCAUCGUCAUCUGAGGAUGAUCGUCGGAGACCGUUGUCAAAGGAUCCAAUCGAGCGUACCAAGGAAGCUCGUCGCCGAAAGUUGAGAAGUGCGAAGAACAAGAAUGAUGCCAGAGUCAUAUCAAGACAUUUCCCAGGUGUACGGCAACUGCUGUUCGUACCUUUGUGGGAUGCUGGCCCUUCUCGAUGGCUUUCUGCUUGUUUUGCCUGGUCGACGGAGCCAACUCGCGUUCUAUCCAAACAGAGCGAGCUUGCAUUCUUGAGUGCUUUUGGCAACUCGGUCAUGGCAGAAUGGUCACGAAUAGAUACGGAGAUUGCAGAUCAGAAGAAAGGCGACUUUAUUGGCAGUAUCUCACAUGAAUUGAGAUCUCCUCUUCAUGGCAUUUUGGCUAGUGCCGAAUUUUUGGAAGAGAUCACCACAGGGUGGGAGAAAGGCUUGGUUGAGACGAUCGAUAGCUGCGGUAGAACAUUGCUUGACACGAUUAAUCACAUCCUUGACUUCUCGAAAAUCAAUCACUUUGAGAAGAAUUGGAGACGGACUAAGCGUGCUGGCGCACGUGCUAUCCCCGGGAAGGCUGGUGGACCUUUGAUAUUACAGCAGUCAGAUCUCCCAAUGCUCAACUUAUUUCAGCACAUCGACAUCUCGGUACUCUGCGAGGAAGUGGUUGAGAGUGUGUUUGCAGGCCACGUAUUCCAGCACACCACUGCGCAAUCGUUUGACAUCGUACCUGAUUCUCAAGGCAAGAUGUCAGAUGCCAGGAAACUGAUAUCCUCUUCGGAAAAUAUGUUAGGGCCUGAACGACUUCAAACAGCAGGCGUUGUAGUCAUUCUCGAUAUUGAUGCGCAGAAUUACCACUUUACGACACAACCGGGCGCUUUGCGACGUUUGGUCAUGAACCUGCUUGGCAACGCUCUAAAGUACACUUCUCACGGAUAUGUCAAGAUUACGCUUACAGUCACGGACAUGGAAAAUUUCCAUUCUGAUUCGACAGGUAGUGACGGUGUGCCCAGAGCUAUGAUUUCCUUAACAGUUCAAGAUACUGGCCGAGGCAUUUCACCCGAGUUCCUGAGGUCGAAAUUGUUUAUGCCUUUCGCACAGGAAAACUCUCUUUCUAGUGGAACUGGUCUUGGACUUUCAAUUGUUCGGAAGAUUGUGUCUCUUCUGGAAGGCGAUAUCACGAUCGACAGUGAGGUUGGACGUGGCACUCGUGUGCGUGUAACCCUUCCUCUGCUUCGUGAAAUGCCUAAAAAAGCCGAUUCGGCUGCUUCUUCGAGCACUCAAAAGUCUGUCGUGUCAGUCAGUCGAGAGUCAGAUGAAGUUAUCCAGAGUCUUCAAGCCCGUGCAGUGGGGUACCGAGCUUCUCUUCAUGGCUUCGACAUCGAUACCAAAGAUCCUAUAAUACAUGAGAUGGGACGACAGCUCAAGCACUCUAUAUCAACAUUCCUUAUCAAAUGGUACGGUAUGAGAAUAGUUCCUCUUGGUCAGAAAUGCGACGUAAUUGUCUCAAACGAGGGGAACUCGACAUUUAUAUCCAAGAUCGUGCAGCAGCUAGGGACACUUCAAAAACGUCCUCCAUCGGUUGUUGUUCUGUGCUCUCAUAACACGAGAUUCAUUGAUCGGUCAAUGACCAUUUUUGAUGCAGACUUCAAUGUCGGCUUCAUUGCAAAGCCGGUUGGUCCUCUUAAGCUCGCAAAAGCCUUGUCACAAUGCAUACAAGGUCUUCCUUCGAUUGGAACUCCUCAUCAGGACGGCCCAACGGCCAAUCCUUUUGAGAGCACAGAUUUGAGCAAUGUCUUUGAAGAACUAUCCAUGAGUCCCCGUGGAGGCGAAGUACUUGACAACAGCCGCAUGGCAACAGACAGCGCCAAUGCGAGAAAGGCAAUCGAGAGCCCCACCCCAAAUGCCAUCACAGAAAAGCAUGCCGAGUUUCCAUUCCCGGCCUCUGGUGAGAAAUUUACGCCACCAAGAACUGGCCGCACACUUGGGGAGAAGGAGGGUCCUAGACUUACCAGGCCUGAGAUUCCGCCUCGUAUCACUUCUGUCGAAACAGCUCCCACCAUUCAAACAACGAUGGCCAAAGCUUCCAAUGAGCCUAAACCGAAAGUGGAGUCUCCUACUCUCCUCCUAGUAGAUGAUAACCAGAUCAAUAUCCGACUCCUAUCGACCUAUCUUAAUCGUCGCAACUACACAGUCAUCCAUGAAGCUAUGGAUGGUCUCCAAGCGGUACAGAAAGUCGAAGCCCGUAAGCAAGGCUACGAUAUCAUUUUCAUGGACAUCACGAUGCCCGUACUGGACGGGUUUGGCGCCACUCGACAAAUCCGAGCCAUCGAGGAGAAGCGGAAGCGAGAAGCAAUGCCGAGUGAUUCCGGGAAUUUGAAUAAGGGCAAUACUGAGGGUAAAUACGUAGAAGGCCAACCUCACGCCGCUCUUAUAAUCGCGUUCACUGGCAGGAGCAGUAUCGAAGAUCAAACAGAAGCUGUGAGAGUUGGUAUUGAUCUUUUCAUGACAAAGCCAGUUGCUUUCAAGGAAGUUGGAAAGAUCAUCGAUAAUUGGGUUGCGAAUCGGGAGCGGGAAAGGAGGAAUAGUUCUGGGUGA